GGCCGCGCUGUCGCGACCUUUCUCACGCUCGUCCGCUCGGCGCGCAGCUAUGGCGCGGAAGUCGAACUUUCCUCUGCUGCUCGUGCCGCUCCUACUUGGUCCGGCCUUAGUGCGCGGCCAGGGCCUUCUGCCCCUGGUCCUCAACACUUGGCCUUUUAAGAAUGCAACCGAAGCAGCAUGGAGGACAUUAGCAUAUGGAGGUUCAGCCCUAGAUGCAGUGGAAAGUGGCUGUGCAGUGUGCGAGAGAGAGCAGUGUGACAGCACUGUCGGCUUUGGGGGAAGUCCUGAUGAACUUGGAGAGACCACCCUGGACGCCCUGAUCAUAGACGGCACUACCAUGGAUAUGGGAGCAGUAGGAGAUCUUAGACGAAUUAAAAAUGCUAUUGGUGUGGCGCGGAAAGUACUGGAACAUACAACACACACACUCCUAGUAGGAGAGUCAGCCACCAAGUUUGCUGAAAGCAUGGGGUUUAUCAAUGAGGAUUUAUCUACUGAAGCUUCUCGAGCUCUUCAUUCAGGCUGGCAUGCUCGGAAUUGCCAGCCAAAUUAUUGGAGGAAUGUUAUACCAGAUCCCUCAAAAUACUGUGGACCCUACAAACCAGCUAAUAUCUUAAAGCAGGAGGAUUCUCCCUAUAAAGGAACAAGAAAUGACCAUGGUCAUGACACUAUUGGCAUGGUUGUAAUCCAUAAGAAGGGACGUACUGCUGCUGGUACAUCUACCAAUGGUUUAAAAUUCAAGAUACAUGGUCGUGUAGGAGAUUCUCCAGUUCCUGGAUCUGGGGCCUAUGCUGAUGACAGUGCCGGGGCAGCUGCAGCCACUGGGGACGGUGAUACACUGAUGCGUUUCCUGCCAAGCUACCAAGCUGUAGAAUAUAUGAGAAGAGGGGAGGAUCCCACCACAGCUUGCCAGAAAGUGAUUUCAAGGAUUCAGAAGUAUGAUGCGAAAUUCUUUGGGGCUAUUAUAUGUGCCAAUGUGGGUGGAAAUUAUGGUGCUGCCUGCAAUAAACUUCCAACAUUUACUCAGUUCAGUUUCAUGGUUUACAAUCCUACAAAAAAUCAGGCAACUGAGGAAACAGUGAACUGCAUCUAAUCCAUCUUUCCUAUCGUCAUUUGUAUUUAAAGAAGAAAGAAGCACGGGCUGGGAGGUCACUCGCUGUCGCCAUCAAGUCUUCCUUAGAUUUUCUAAAAUCUUUUUGUGAAAUAAGCACAAAAAUAAACGAGGUGCUGAAUCGUU